UCACUCUUCUCGGGGUUGGUGAGUCACUCGGCAAACUCUUGACGACUUCCUGGUCUGCAUAAGCUGCUCUACAGGCCUCUUCUUGCGCUUAUCGUUCACACGUCGAGAUGUCGGCGCCUCCAGCAGCAGCAGCAGCGGCUUCAUCAUUCUCCCCAUCUCUCGACUCCAACAUGAGCCCUUCAUCGAUAGGCCGCAUCAUGACUGUCAAGGACGUCGUGGGCGAGGCCAUGCAGUACCUCCAGUACGCCGACGUGCGCUCACUGAUCAUCUCCCUGGGGCGAAUGACGCCUCAAGAGGUAGGCAGGGGAGAAGCAAUCACGGAAAGCACAACGGUUUGCUUGCGUCCAGGUCGAUGUGUUUUAUGAGCCCCUCUGCCGCGCCCGCAAUGUGCUGCCCGCCUCCCCGACUCCUCCCACGUCGUCCCGUCCACCGUUCAGGCCGCUCUUUUUCCGCCGAAUCUACGGCAGAUACUGCGAUGAGUGCAGCCAGCCGCUCAUCGCGGCACCAGCAGCAGGGGCAGGGCACUCGAGCGCAUCGUCGCCAGGGCCUUCGUCGCGCGGCAACGUGUUCUUCUGCCGCACGGUGGUGUUUUGUUUCCGCUGCAAGGCCAAGUUCCACCGGCGGCGGGCGCUGGGCGCCGCGCUGAGGGACAUGGCGAAGUCCAAGGCGUCGCUGGUGAGGCUGGGGGUGCCAUGGGAGGAGGUGCCGUUCGCGCAUGGGGGACUGGUGAGGGAUGGAGAGCAGGGAGGCGGCUUGUGCUGCCGUCAUGUGACAUGAUGUGAAGCAUCUCUUGUCGGCAGGUGGUUGAGAAAGCGGCGUGGUCGCGCAUCCGCGAGACCUACCGGCGUCGCGUGUGUGCGGUGAUGCGUGAGAUGAGCAGGACGUUCGAGUCUUCACUUGUUCGGCAGUUCGGCCUCCCGCUGUUCCAGCGGGUCAUCGCCCCUGUGUUCCCGCCUGAGAGAUGUGCUCACAGGGGGCAGGGCAGGGCCAGACAGCCGUCACUCAUCGUCAGGUGAGACUCAUACACACACACACAUGGAAGAGAGAAUGGAUGGAUGGAUGCAUGGAUACAUACAUCCCUCUGUGUUUGUGUGUGUUGUCAGGACUGUGAUGUCGUGUUUGAAGGCGCCGUACGCUCAGUACAACGCCGCUGGGGACGACGUGACCCGCUUUGUGGAGGCCAUGGACGAAAUCAAGGCCAUACUGAAAAAGGUGAGGCCUAGCCAAACUCACUCGACCAAACCAACCCACUCCAUCUUCCUGUCUCAUGGCUUUAUCCAUGAUGGUCAGUAUGUGGAAAUCGCCACCCACGAGCAUUUUGACCUCAUGAACCAGCUCGUCUCUCAGCGGAUACAGAGAUACCAAGUACGAACUCAGACCGCCCAGACAGACAGAGCGUCCACACCCUCUUAUGCGCCUCAUCUCAUUCUGACCUGCCCCUGUGUAUUCCGUCAGAUUGACGAGAGCCCCCUGGUGCCGCUGUACCUGAAUCUGGCGCACGGCAUCCUCUUCCCACCCAUCCCGGCCCCACUACCACCCACCCGCCGACACACACACGGCUGGACCGACACACAGGACGGCAACAGCGGCAGCAAACGGGGCAAGAGGGCGGGCGACAAAGCGACGGAGACCACCGUCAAGUCUGACGUCAAGAAGAUGCUCGCACCGGUAAGUGAGCCAGGGAGGGAGGGAGGAGGGAGUGGAUCACUUGGUGGGUGCAUGGAUCAGCCCCCCCCUCUCUCUCUCUCUCUGUGUGUGUGUGUGUGUGGACCUAGUACAUGCCGGGCACGAGCAAGGCGUCGUUGCAGCGUGAGGGCUACAUCAGCAGCGGCAGCAGCCCGUCACUGGCCGUCCCUUCCCCCCUGCGGCCGUCGCCCGCUUCCUCGCCACCACCCUCACCCAGAUCUAUGCCGUGAUGGAUGGAUGGAUGCAUGGCCGCUUGUACUAUAGGCAGACAGAGA